AUUUGAGGGAGGAUUAUAUUGCAGUCUGUUGGCCACAUCAUUUAGUCCUGCUGGAGCCUGACAGCUGCUCAGAAGAGUUAAGCCUGGAUGUUUGAUGCCAAGUGAAUUAAAGUCUAUUUUUGAACUCAGCCUCCAGAGUUCUGGAGGGAUGGACUCCGAAGGGAGAGAAAAGGGAAUGAAAAACAUCCCCACAGGCAGUUACUUCUACACCCGCUCUUCAUCAACUGUUGUACACAAAUGACUGUACAGUAGUUUAAAAUGACUUGAUAACCAUCAUCACCACAAAAGAUGGCUGAUUACAGGGAGGAUGGUAUGGAUCUGGGCAGUGAUGCUUGCAGCCGUUCCAGCUCGGAGUCCAGUUCCAGCAAAGUGACCCCUUGCUCAGAAUACAAAUCUUCACCCAGCUUGGACUUGGUUACUCUGGAAGACUACGACGAUGACGAAGACGACCAGGAAUACAAGAAAAAGGUAAUCGAGGAGUGGGAAAGUGAUUGCAAUGACAGCACAGUGAGUAGGUUUGGGAAAUCACUGAACAGCAGUGGAACUACAGAGGAUCUACCUGAUGUUAAAAGUGUCACCCCGCCUCCUCCUAGUGGUAGUAUGCACGAACUUAAACAGAAUGGCUGCGUAGGGUCCACAGAAACAGGUGCCAAAGGGAGUAAAACACUGAAGAAGCUGCAUUAUACAGUAUAUAGAACAGAUGGAACUGUGUCCAUUAAACACCUAGAAAGGUUAGACACGUCUCAGGUAAAGGAGCCUCAGCUACCAACCAUGGACUGGGAGGCUUUGGAGAAACAUCUGGCUGGUUUACAGUGUCAGGAGCAGGAAGUACGGAACCAGAACCAGAGACAAGGGAGGACCAACUACACUUCAGCCCAGAAAAAUGAGAGAGAAUCCAUUAGGCAGAAGUUGGCUCUGGGCAGUUUCUUUGAUGAUGGCCCUGGAAUUUAUACAAGUAACAGCAAGAGUGGAAAACCAAGUCUGUCGUCACGGCUUCAGAGUGGAAUGAAUUUACAAAUCUGUUUUGUAAAUGACAGUGGAAGUGACAAAGACAGUGAUGCUGACGACAGUAAAACUGAAACCAGCCUGGACACACCAUUGUCCCCCAUGAGCAAACAGAGUUCUUCAUACUCUGAUAGGGAUACAACCGAGGAAGAGUCUGAAUCUCUGGAUGACAUGGACUUUGUUAGCAGACAAAAGAAACUACAAGCUGAAGCAAAGAUGGCUUUAGCUAUGGCAAAGCCAAUGGCUAAAAUGCAAGUAGAAGUGGAGAAACAGAACAGAAAGAAAUCACCGGUAGCUGAUCUUCUGCCGCAUAUGCCUCAUAUAAGUGAAAGCUUGAUGAAAAGAAGCUUGAAGCCCACCGACUUGAGAGAUAUGACAAUUGGUCAGCUUCAAGUCAUAGUCAACGAUCUCCACUCCCAAAUCGAAAGUUUAAAUGAAGAGUUGGUACAGCUGCUGCUUAUUCGUGACGAGUUGCACAUGGAGCAGGAUGCCAUGUUGGUAGAUAUAGAAGACUUAACCAGGCAUGCUGAAAGUCAGCAGAAGCACAUGGCAGAAAAGAUGCCAGCAAAAUAAAAAGAUACGAUAAGCCAUGAGACUGAAGAACAAGCUAUAUUUUUAUUUUGCUUUUGUGGUUGUACAAACGCUGACACCCAAGAUGGUGCACUACACAAUGAACAAAUAUCAGUGUUAGUCAAGGAUACUGUCCAGAGCUUUAUGUCGAGUGAUGGCCCAUCUUCCGCUUCUUCGUAAUUUUAACUUCUUAUCAUUGUCACUGACUAUCAUCAGGCAUUUUAAUGAAAUAUUGUUACAAAUGUACAAUACUAGUGACACUACAAAUUGCUGGGGAAGGAAAGGACGUAGCUAGAACUAACAUAUUUUUUAGAGAUUUUAUGUUAAAACAGUAUUUUACCAUUGGCCUGUUUUUACUCGCUGUAGUUUUGAACAAGAAAUAUCCAAUUGACGGUGCUAUACAACUUUAAGGGGACAUGCCUGCCUUGUAGUGACGUUUUCGCCUUUAGUAAUAAGUUAACUUUAAUCAGUUUUCAACAUUUUGUAAAUGUUGAUUAUCUUGCACUCAUUCUUAGUAUGUGUGAUAUAAUUUCAUUGAGUUGGAUUAAGAUGAUGUAUGGAAGAAUAUGUACAAAUAUGUAAAAUAGCCGUUAAAACAUUUGUUUCAUAUUGUCUUUUCUGUUGUGCUGCAGAAAAUUUGUUUCGUUAUGCACGAUAAUUUGCACUUUGGGGCCAAGACAGUGGCUUCAGCUAGUGUGUUGGUCCUGCUGUACUCAAGAGGCUGUGAGUUCAAAUCUUUUCACCCCUUAUUUAUAUUUGGAUUUGAAGCCGCAGUGAUUCACUGUACAUUUCUGCAUCUGACCUCACCACAAUGAAGGAACAUCUCUCAGAAUAUUUACCUUCCAAACUGUCAGGGCUGAAAGGAGAUAAUUCAGCCUGUCCCUGGGGCUGGCAUGGACUAGAUGCUUUGAAACAUUAAAAUGACUAUUUCUUCUGUCCAUGUACAGCUUUUUGUCAGUUCCACUUUAAGCAGCAAUGGAGGGGUUUGGCAGACUGUGGUGGGCAUAUUGCACAAAAUGAAAAAAUGAGUAAAAUGAUACUGUAUGGCAUUAAAAUACAAGCAUUGUAUUGUUUAAACACUAAUCGUUUUAUCAGUCUGUUACAACAAGCUCAAAUAGUGGAACUAUCAUCUAGACUAAAUGGCUGUAGCCUAUACUGCUUCAUGAACAGUGCUGACCAGUGGUGACCAAGGCUAGCAUUUGUUACCCUUAGAGGUUGAGUGCUUAACCCGUCUGUUCUUCCCUUUAAGUACAUUAGAAAUUCUGUUUCCUCUUCAUUGCUCCUUUCCACGUAACCCAUUUUUCACAUGCCCUUUGCUUUCUAAAUGCUUCAGCAGGUUCUUUGUCUACCACCCUUUCUGGUUGCCCCUUCCAUGACUCUGCCACCCUUUCCCGUACCCAGAGUGUAGCUAGUCUCCACAAUGUGCUGCCCAUGCCCUUUCCUCUUUCUAGGUCCUCCCUGCUCAUAGCAGCCCUUUCAUUUUCCUGACAUGAACUUUUGAAGUCAUGUCAUGUCCCUUCUGUCUUUCAUUGUUCUUUGUUGAGAAUACCUACAGCUCCUCCAGUCCCUGGUCGUAUCCUUUCCCCUUAUCCCACACACCUCAUGGCUUUCUUAUGAGCUCCAUUUGUUCCACUGUUCAUGGAGUCUGAGUCACUCGCUCUGCUCUUGGUGGUCCAUUCUAGAUAUGAUCAGCCCUCCUGAGCCCAUUACUUGCUGUGUUGCCUUUAUUUGCUGUCCUUCCAGCUGAUUUGUCAACUCAAAUGGUAGUGGUUGUCUAGGUGAAGUACUGUUGAACCUCACCUGACACCUUUAUAAACGCCUAGUCACACAUCAUAUUUUUCCUUAGACUCCGCUCCAGCCUAUACUACUGCAUUUGCCUGUGUGUCAUUGUUAAAAAGGAUGAUCCUAGUCUGUGUUCUCAUUUCUGAUCCCAUCUUCCUCAUUGCGGUUUGUGUCUUACCCUUCUGCUAUGCAGCAGUCUAGCUCAUCAGUUGCAGGUCUACCCCCCCCCCCAAUGCCCCCAGUGUUUUCGUAGAAGCUGCUUACAUGCUGUCAGAAUCAAAGGGCUUGGUGACAUCCAGGUAGACCACUUCUACUGCUACUCACUUUCUUUCAGGUUCUCCUGUAAGGCACUGUAAGCCAUGCUUGCAAUACUUAAUAUAAAAGUUUUCCAUGCGAUUCUGUCCAGUGCUAUGCUGUUUUCUGACUGUGGUUUUUAUACUGUAAUAUCGGUGAUCACAGUCAAGGCUUCAGCUGUUUCAGCCUUUUUGAUUAAUUUCUCUACUUCCCAGUCCCUGACCAAAAUUGCAUCUCACCUUUAGAAGUUGAUUUUGGAAUGAUACCUGUGGCAGGUGCAGUACAAGUAGGAUUUUGUGUGAAACCUGUGCUUCGCAUGUCUGUUAUGACACAUAAAAUGUCAAGGUCUUCCUCAUCAGCUACCUGUGUCUCUUCCUGCAAGUUAAAGUACCCAUUUCUAUUUAUUGACCUUUGUACCUGCUGGUAUUCCACUUUGACUUCCAUCAGCAUGGCUUCAAAAUCAGUUCUGCCAGUAAGAAGUUCUCUGUGCUACAUUUUAAUCCUGUUCACUCUGUGUUUAAUGGUGUCUGUUCUCAACACAGUAUCUCCACACUCCUUUGUAGGUUCCUGAGAGUCAUUUUACUUUCCAUGCUAAGUGUUUCAUUAUGUCUGUUGAGUAUACUGUUGAUUUAUCUGUUCAGCACUAGCUCAGAUUGUCACUGCUGUGUUGUAGGAGACUGAUUGUUCAUAUACUCUUACUGAUAGUUUUCUUAACACACUGUCUUCUUUCCUUAUCACAUUGUAAGUAACAGUUGGGACAUUUCCCUGUUUUGUCAACAAAACAAAAAAUAUUUAGUGACAUACUGUACUGUUUGUCAUCUUCAUUAUGGUGCAUCUUCAUUUGAGAGCUUGCUGCAGAUGAUUGCUUAGCAAUUUUAGCUCUUGUCAGCAUAAUUGUAUUGAACAUGUGUCCAUGUGCUCAUUAGCAGACUAAAAAGAUUUCAGCAGCAUCUGUGUAGAUGACAGCACAAGUGACUGUUCUUAUCUGAUCACAAGAAUCCGUUGUAGUUGGAACUCUUGUGUUAUGAAGUUUUGUCUGCACAGGCUGCUGACGUUUCUCAAUCCCGUGGAGGUUUGAGCAGGCGCCACAUCCUCAGUGAAUGCUACAUAGUAAUUACGGAUUUAUUUUUAUAUGAACUUUUAAGCAUCCAUUUCCAUCCUUGGUGAAGACCUGUGAUACAUGAUAUAUUUAAAUGAACCUGUCAAAACCCAUCACAACAGCCAACAUAUGAAUACAACAAAUAUUUCAGUCAUUUGUAACUGCAGAACUCAAAUGAGUAGGUGAAACCUCAGUUUGAAAUUUAACAGUAGUACAGAAUAUGAAACUACACCCAAACUUAAUUUAAAGAAUUUUUGCAGGGAGACAAGUUCCACCCCUUCCUGUUCCUUUGUUGUGAGGACAAGAUUUAAUAUGACAGUUACUAAGAUUGUAUAACCUGAGAGAAGAGGGUUAUACUAAGAAUCACCAAUGGAAAAAUGACUGAAGCAGGAAAUACAUAUAACUGGAGUGAUUUACCCAUGAGGGUGAAAUUUCACCAGCAGUGUGUAAAUCAAACUUCGCACUUGGUUAACCAAUGACUGUUAGUGUUACACAUAAGAUAUUUCUUAAUUUUGUUGCUCAGUGGGUAUUUGCAGUCAUUCUAGGAAGUGCAGAAAUCCUUCCUACAAUGUGAAUAUGCACAUAUUUCUUUAGAUGAUAACCUUUUCUCAUUGAAGAGAUCUAGUUGCAUGGUGUAAUUAUGAACCCAUAGCUGCAUUUUAAUGCAGUUUAAAUGGAGAAUAAAAUAUAUCUGUUGGUGCCUGUAGGCCAUUUUCAAUCUAAAAGUGCAGGUAUUUUUUUUGUUCCUUUAUUUAUAUUCAUGAGGUUGCUCCUGAUCUCUUAAAGGCAGCAAGUUCAAAUUAUUUCACAUAUCUCCACAACAUAUCUCUUUGUGUUGGCAGUUGCACUUUACUGCCAAUGAAUCUGUUUUGUUGAUCCCCUUUUGCAGGGUUAUUUUAGCCUCAGAGCUCUAUUUAGUUUCAUUCACUACUGGGGACAUUGAAACUGGAGAAACAAUGUUUUUAUUCCGUUUCUUUCUUGUGUAGAGAGUAAAACUACCGUAUUUCUCUUUUAGGCAACAGUAUGAUUUGUACUGUUUCUUUGAAGUUGCACAGUCUGGACAUAUCCUGACUGCAUGUUACUUUUCAAAAUGUAUGGGUACUGUGUUCAGAUAAGUCUGAGCUCAUUGAAAAUACUGUCUUUUCUUUCUUUUCCCUUGACUAUGAAUCCCCAUAUCUUCACAAGAUCUUUGCAGACAUCUGCCUGGGCACACUGGGUUACCUAAAGUGGUAGACAUGUUCUGCAUAACCAUCAUGUUGGCCGUUAAUUGUGUGUUUGACAUAUGUACUAAAUAUGCUAGGCUUCUUAGUUCUGCUUGCCAAAAAGUUGCCAGUGAAGUUUUGUCACAUAUGAAAUUUACCUUUGACAGGUACUAUGUUACCUUGUAAUUAAUAUAUUUCACUUAUGUCCUGGAAGUACUUUUGAUGCAGUCUUUCUGUCAUGGUGUCAAGCUGGCUUACGAUUGGUCAGUUAUAUGAACUUUUUAAUUUAACUCUAGUGCUGUUCUUAAUGUUAGAUUUUUGAACACUGACCCUUUUGCUGUUGGUUUCAAUAUCAUAUCAUGGGCACUGACUUACAUGUUGCUAAGGUCUCAUUUAAUGAAUCAUAGACUUCCUUUUACCUUGCUUUGUAAUCCUGCAGUUAUUAUCUGUAUUUAAUUUCCAUCAGUUCGUGUUAUAGAUGUUUUUAUUCCUUUCUUACUAAAGGGGCACCCACUAAAGAGAAGCCUUAUAAGACAUACUGGGGCUUGUUUUGGUGCAUAUAAAAUUUUGAAAUGUUGCUCGUUGAAACUAAUUUUGCCAACACUGGAGUUUUUGUAUUUCUCCACUGUUGUUUGGCUACUGGUAUAAGUAAGUGUAGGGUGUGUGUGUGGGUGUAGGGUGUUCCCCUGCAUGGGGAAGAACAGGGGGCUUGCCACGUGGAAAAAAACUUGUGCUAUGUUUGCAAAACUAGUUUCAGCAAGACGUUUUCAUACUUUUUACCUCCGCAGAAUACAUCUUCAGUGAGUGGACAUGAUUCCAACAUGCUGAGAUGACUGUUCCACAUUUUCUUUAGUUUUUAUUUCUGAAAGAGGCUGUAUGCAUCAUACGUUUAUUUUACUGAUGUAUUUAUUUAGAAUUCUGUUAUUGUCCCCAUUUGUUAUCAUAAUUCUCAGGAAACCAUAUAUGAGAAUAAUAAAAGAUUACAUGACUUCAAAAUUUUAGUGUAAACCAUACCAUUAUACUUUGCUCAUCUACAUCAUUUUUCAGUCUUUUUUUCUGAUAGUUUGUGAUUAUGUACUCCUUUUUCUUUAUUUCUGAAUGGUAAGCUGCCCUAACCUUGGAGAUCUGACCCAUAUGAUUUUGUUGAGAAGAGUGAGCAGUGGACCCCCACAAUGUUUAAGUAGCAGCACUUCUGUUGUGACAGCUUUCCUGCUUUUUUCCUGUCUAUCCACAGUUACCCGUACUGUGUAGGGGUCACAAAAACAUUGUCACUGUUAUGUACAUUUUGUAUGACUCAUAGAAAUGUCUUCUAGCUUUGAGGAUUCUUUCUCAGAGUAUCCCUGACUGCAUACCUUUCACGUUGCAAGUAUCUGUACAAGGCUGGUAUUCCCCCUCAACCCCUGGUAACUGCUGGGGAUUCCUUCCUGCCUGUUAUGACCUAGUAUAAGUGUCUGGCUUAAAGAAGAGUGUGCAGUUGCAUAUUAAAUUAUAAUAAUAGCAAAAUUUGUUGAAAACUGUAGCAGGUUGUAUUUUGCUUGUUCUUUUCUUGAUUUACAUGGAGAGAUAUCUGCUGUUUUUGUUUACAACAUAAUGGGUACUUUGUUUACCUCCCAAAUUCCUGCUGAAGCACAUAUUGAUGGGUAAACAAUUUUGGUCAUUAAAGAGAAGAAAGAAUGUAAACAGUGGAUGAGAAUACCCACUUUUAUAUCUCACAAAAUGAUAACUUAAUCUUUUGUGGUGACUCCCUGGUAGUAACUAUUCAUGAAACGUCAUGGUUAGAGCCAUACCUGUGACUUUACCUAAACCCACCUGCUGCCAAUGAUAGCCCUUUCUGCAUCUAGUAGAAAUUUUGUUUUUCAAAUAUUUUAAACUGACACAUUUUCUGUUUCUUUUUUUCUACAUACUAUAAAGAAUGGGAAAAGUUUUAAUAUAUAUUUAAAUAGCACACUCUAAAUCCAAGUUACUACUGACAAGACUAGUUAUCCCAGUUUUGUUUUAAAAAUGUCUUCUUUUACAAGAUAACUUAUUGAACCAUUAACUCUUAUUUCCUGUACUGUUUCACCAUUUCUGAACUUGUACAAAACAGCUUGUUCGAUUUAACCAAGGAGUGACCAAAUCAGAAGAUCUGCAAACAUUUCAGCAAUGACUUAAAACUUGCUGGCUAGAGUUUGAAUAAAUAAUGUAAUUGAUAGUUCCUUUACCCUAUUUGCUGAUUUCAGGAAGCUGAAGUUAGAAUCUAGUUCAAACAUUUAUAACUGUUCUUGUACAGGCAGACAUUACAUUUAUUCUGGAGAGAAACAGCACAGUGUCAAAGAAUGCUCUCACACCUUGGUAAACAUGUUGAAAUAGCUGUGUGGAAGUAAUGAAUGGGAUUGGACUAGUACUGCAUUUUGACAAUACCUCAGUUAAACAAUAAUGGAUGCCUUGAUGUCCUUUGGGAUUUUUAUGUGUUUUGUAACAAAUCAUCAAAAUAAAAUAUGUAAAAGGUU